AUGCAGAGCAGCGUUUCGCCGAGAGUUCACGUCUGUUCGCCGCAACGAAGCGUAGGCCGAAACUUGUCUAGUAUAGAGGUUCCUCUCCCAACACAAAACAUUUCACACAUCGGCAGAUGGGAAUGGCCGUCGUCCUCGAGUGUGACCGGAGCCAAAGUGAGCCCCUGGGUAUCAAUACGUCUAGAAAGAAGCGCAAUACGCGGGGAUCAGUCUUGUCCCGAAUCGUCCUCUUACGUCAGCAGACAGGCACCCUGA